AUGGAGAAGUGGCCUUGGCGAGAGAGCGCUGCCUCGGCUACCUCGGAGUCUCCACCCUCUGUCUUAGCGGAGGUCUUUAAGCGUGCAGAGCUUGCUGGAUUGGUCUGGAGCAGCACAUGCACCUGGGUGGGGCAUCCAGAGGCUUUCUCCAGGCCGCAGGUAAGUUUCUUUACUUUGAUGGCCCUGGAAGACGACCUGGAGGAGCAUGGCUACCAUUUGAUGGCCUUGCCUUUGCUUUGCUUGCAUUGCCAGUUGGCCUCUGCCUUCGAGAGCCCUUCUGUGAAACUGGCCGUUGCUUGCACAGCGAAGCUUCGCCUGGCACGCUUCGCAGCAGCUUGCCGACUGCGGGAAUACUCCAAGGCCCUGCAAGCCGAAGCCGAGUUGGACUUGCAGGAGCUGCCCAAAACGUUCAGCAGCUUCAAGGAGGAGCUGGAACAGGUGCGAAGCCAACGCGCAGGCCGGAGUGGAGCAGAUACUCCGGACCCACCCUGGCUCACAGUGCAACUGCCGAAAGGUGAUCAACAUCGGGUAGCGACGCCCUGGUCGAUUGGUCAGCUCUAUGCCUAUCAGGUUUGGGCCGAACUGGGUAAAGAGUGCCUGCACCAUGCGGAGCUCUGGAUGGCCUGCACGCUUACCAGUGAGGCGGAGCACCACGCUCGCGUCCAUGGCGAUGGCCGGACACUGCGAGACCUGGCCGUCACAAGGGCGCGGAUCGCCAUGAUGGAGGGCCAGCACGGCGAGGUGAUCCGCGCGCUCCACGAGCUAGAAGAGGCCUCCGUGCUCUUGGCCGAUGCCCACGAUGCCCGCAAGGAGACACUGCCGGCCAUCACAGCAUUGCAGGAGGCGGUCGUUGCCAUCCAGGCGAGCCCAGGCAGCACGCCGCCCGAAAAAGCCAAGCAGGCAAUGGGAAGCAUUGGAGGAUCAACAUUCAAACCGGGCGGGAGCGAUACGGGCGGCUUCCAGCCCAGUUCAAAGCAAGUGCUGGCGCACUGCAGCGUCAGUGUGCGGCAGUUGCACGCAGAAGUGAGCAAGCUCCGGGCAACCCAGGUUACAACGAAAGAAUGGGUGAAGGACCUGCAAGCUGCAUUUGAUCAGCACCUGCACAUCGGCCAACAGCUCCUGGCUGCUGGCUUCUACAGGCGGCACGUGAUGGAAUGCCUGAGCUUUUUGGAGCUGAUGUUCCCUUUGGUUGAAGCAAAAGAGGCAGACUUCACUCGUGAUCCUCAGAACUGCAGGGAGCUGAGCUACAGUGCCCUGGAAGAGUAUGCAGGGCGCAUGGAGCAGGCUGUGCUGGCUGUGCGCACCUCGCGAGAUGCACUCCUUACCUUGACGUUGCCCGUGGAGGGUAUGGAGCAGAACCUAUCCUUGCCUUCGGAAACAUUACUAGCUCGGCUGGACAUUUGGGAGGCCCGUGUUCUUGCUCUGAGACGCUCCUUCUCCGGAAACGCCAGGCUGCACCGGAGACUGCUGCACUUGCGCAAAGUCAUCGACCCCAAGACAACCGACAUCUUCAUAGCAAGCAAAAACAGCGGUGGCUUCUUUGGCAGCUCCAUCGCAGAUCGUAUCUCAGGAGGCCGCGAGAGCAGCUCCAUGGAUGAUCAGAGUGUCGUGGAAAGAUGGCUGAAGCUCAUGAAUGAGCAGAUCGACGAGGAGGACAAAAUGUCGAACCAGGCCCGAGACAUGACCGAAGUGGAGGACUCCCUGGCCAAGGGAGCCAUAAAAUUCGACCAGAUACAGGUGGUACCUGAUGGGGUCGAGGCCACCAUUGCAGCCAGAGCAGAAAUGGGCCGGUUGCAGAUGGAACUCUCCACGCGUCAGGCGACCUUGGUGCGGAGUGCCGGCAAGAACUUGGACGAAGACGCACCUGUCGCCGCAGCCAACAGGAUCUGGGACAGCUUGCAGUCGCCAGAUCCUACGGAGGUGUACCAGCCGACCCAGGAGGCGGAGGAAAGCAAGGAGGAGGCUAAGGAGCCAGCUGGAGAGGAGGCAACGACCCUGGCUGCCAAGCACGCCCUCAACAACCGGUGCCUGUUUGCCGCGAAACGGGCUUUUGAGGUGUUGGCGUGCCAAGCCUACGGCCUUUCUGUUCCGAUGGCUUCCUUCGAGUUUCUUUGCUGGCUGCAGAGUACAGAAGUGUGUAUGCGGGAGGAGAGGCUGUUCAAGGAGAAGCUUCCAGAGGAUCACGAUGAGCGAGUGCAGCUCUACCUGCUCAGAAACCUGGAGCAACGAUGGCCGUUUCCAGAAGAGAUUGGAACCUACAAGGCUAUCCGCCAGCGACUGGAGACCGAAUCACCCUUUUUCCAGAGAUUGCAGCUGGACAAGCUGCCCUCGAUCGAGGAGAUUUUGCUCUCGCACUUGCCGGCUUUGACAUUGGUAGUUACUCUGCAGUUCCGCUCCAACUACAUUUACGUGGGGGCAGUGCUGAGCCCGGAUGCGGGGGACCGUGCGGAACGCGUUCAGCAGCUGCAGCCGAUGGUGUCCCGACACAUGGUGCACCCUGCGGAGGUUCAGACCUCCAUCAAUCGGAUAUUGUCCACAAACAGCCAGAUUGAGAAGCAGCUGCUGUCGUCACCUGAAGUCGAUCCAGCGCUUCAAGAGAACAUCCGGAUGGUCGUGGAGGAAUUCGACGAGCAUUUGAUGGAGCCGCUCUCGCGACGGCUGGAGGGGCAUUUCUGGCAGUGUGGCCUUCAUGCUGAGCUGCCAGCCACCCCCAACCCGCGACAGCUCCUCCUGCUGCCAGAUGCCUCCCUGGCAAACCUGCCGCUGGAGACCAUGCCAUCGCUGCUCCGUCUCUUCGGAGAACGCGGGGCGGAGUGCAUCCUUAGGGAUCACUCCUUGCACAUGAUGGCGAAGAGGGCGCGGGACUCUGCAGAUGUAUCUGCAGACAGUUCCCCUCUGAAGGCCGCCUUGGCACUGUGGGCAUGUACGUACGGUUUUCGCAUGGCCCAAUGA